AUGUCACAACUGCUAUUGCCUCAGCGAGACAAUGAUCAUGCUCUUCAUCGCUCUCGAGCAGCAGGCGAGCGGCAGAAGCUUCCUGGAAAGUGUUGUAUCGACGGCCAUCGUGCCAGUACAAAUCCUCAAAGCUUUGUGGCCCUGGAUUUCUUUGAGCGCGUUCGACAAUGUCCUGUACAGACUAGUCGGUACGGAAGUAUACGUGCUGAUGCUGUGGCAAGUGAAGAGCGAGGUACUGGACAGAGGGCGAGCGAGAAUGCAGGGAAAAUCCAAACAUCCGCCAAAAAGAUUCUGAUGCUGAGACGUAACGUGCAUCUUGUACCGUGCGAUUUCGUCAAUAGCUUCAUCGGUGUUCGCCUGCUGAUUACGCCGCAGGGACAUCAAAGCACGAUCUUGACCUUUAUAGAUACCACUUCCAACCAAGAGUUGGAAACCAUCCUCGUUCGCCAUGUGGAAAUAUCAACACAUAAUGGAGCGGAUUACAUAGUGGAUGUUGUUCGUUGA